AUAUUUAUAUGCUACUCUAGAUUCAAUAAAAUACUUUCACUAUCAGCUCACACCUUCGAUCUCUUCCUCCAACAUCAAAAUGAACUUCUUGAGGAAUAUAAGCACAAAUCUACGUACAAACGCAGUAAAAUCGAUGAGAACAUACUCCACUCAACCUAGAAUCAGCCUCGCAAACCUCAUAAACAGCGGUAGCAAGCCGAACAGCCAAGAUCCACUCACUGGUACGAGAGCACUCACACCAGAGGAGAUAUGGGCACAGGCACACCAACAGCGUAUGCGUACACUCGCUCAGGAGCAGCCAUUGUCUCUCUACGCUGGACGCACCGUCGUCGUUGGAAAAUACGACAAAAACAGCGCAACUUCACAAGUAGAGAGAGCAUGGAAGAGAUUGAAUGGUACAUUAGCCAGAAAUGAAGUGAGAAGAGACCUCAUGCUCCGUGAUCGCUAUGAGAGACCGCAUCAGAUGCGCAGAAGACUGAAGAGUGAGAGACAUAGAAGGCGAUUCGCUGAGUACAUCAGACAGAAAGUCAGUCUCGUACAUAGCAUCAGAAGACGCAACGAGAUGUUAAAGAAGUAGGAGUUAUUUUGUAGCUGGAUUUCUUGUAUCAGAUAAUAGAAAGUAUUUAUAUUA